AUGCCGCAAAACCGCCGUCGUUCAUCGGGUUCCUUGCCGGUUGACUUGCUUCCCACGAAAGGUUUCUUGGAAAGGACCUUUGCGUCAAGCAAACAGAGUGCUACAACUUCUCAGUGGGUACAGGAUCCAAAGGAGGCCAGCAUCUUUUGCUGCGACAUGGUGGGCUCUGAAUUCAUCCUGCAAAAGCUCAAGGAUGUACAAUGCAACCCAACAGUUCUCAGGUUGGAAAUUGAAGACUUGUUGACUGGUGGGGACCGUCAUCAAUGCCUCAUGCCCAUUGUCAGAGCCUUGGUCCUGUUGGACAAUCGUGAGUGGGAGUAUAUUCGGUAUGUUGAUGGCUUCCCCUUGGAGGGAUUCUUUGACUGGCAAGAGAAGAAGCGCUGUGACGAGCGGGAGUACGAGAAUGCAGGAGACAACCUCUCCCUGACAGCCCGCGAAGUCUUGUCCUGGAGGGCCACUAUUGAAGUCCGUGCUGGAACUCAUGUCCAAGACAUCAUUGGUGUCUUCAAGUGCAUCAAGGCUGACCAAGCUGUCACUCAUGUGAGCUUUUAUGGAUCCUUUGGUCUCAAGGGAACUGCUGAAGACCUGGUAAACCUCAUUGACUGGAGCAGUCCCAGUGGUGGGUUGUUGACCAACCCCAUCUUUGUGACUCUCCACUGUGGCUGGUCUACAAACCACCAGGAGUCCAAGCCACCUCAUGUAGCACUCAUGACUUCGUGCAUCUAUUUGUUGGAGCACCCCUGCACAGUUGUUGAUCAAUUGCCAAAUGAUCAAAAGCCAGUCCGAUCCGCAAGAGGACUCUUCUCCGGAAGUGUCUCUUCAAGAAGCCUCUCCAGUCAGCAGUCCAGAUCCAAGAGUGUUCGUGUCCCACGAAAGCGGCGAAUAUUCUCGAGGGCUGAUGAUAACGACGAAAACAGUCAAGGCCGUGGGCAUCAGCAUUCCAGCCAAAGCCCUGCAUUUCACAAGAGCAACACAGCAGUUGAACUAGGAUCUAUGUCAAGAAGAGCUGCUCGAGCUGCCCUGGUUGCCCAAAGUGCUGCAAGCAUUGUUGAUGCCUGGAUAGAUCACGUCAAGCCUGGCAUGAUACCCACCAAGGUAGCUGCUCGGCCUACACGGAUCAAGAAGCUGGAUGAUGUGGAGAAUGAAGCUUCAUCGGCAAGCUUCCCCACAUCGAUCGAAAGGAGGCCUCGCAUGAGAUACGCAAGGCGCAUGCAAAUGCAGCAAACUCCAAGUACCAGUCAAAAUGAUCCCUUCAGACACAUUGAUGAUGAUGAUGACAACGACGACCAAAAGAUCCCUGCUAGUGACACUUAUGUGCCCAGUGGAAGCAUUUCCACCCCAAAGCAGACUGGGAGAAGCAAGUCAGAUGGCCCUAGCGGUCUACGAGAGUUGCGGGUAGCCACCAAAAGCCACAGCAUGAGAAACCUGCAGUCGCCAUCCUUGGGAGGUGCAAAAGAUGAUUCGAUUCAAAAGAGCCCCAAAAGUGUGGCCUCUUGCGGGAGUACUUCCACGAGGAAGGCUACCAAGCCGAGGAGAAAGUCAGAUGGAGCCCUGAACAUUGCGUGGCAGGUUGACAAGAUGACAACGGCUGCUACAGAGCCCUGCGGAUGGUACGAAGUGGCAGCAUUCGACGUAUGCUCUGAUGUGCACACAGCUGAGCUCCCUUCGGAGACUCGGUUCUGGUACGAUUUGGUGGCCUAUGCCGAGAGCUCUGCUUCCUCCGGUUUGGACCUUUGCGACGAUGAUAGCUCAUCGGUAAGCAGCACCAGCAGUGUCAGCACCAUUACAGCGGCUUCUUUUGGUGUGACCACUUUGAACUCGUCCAAGAAGGAGAGUAUCCAAACUGCAACCACCGCCGGCACGAGCAUAUCAGUGCGGGAUCUGGAUGUGAACGGUCUCGUGGGAAAGGGUCGCAGAAUUCAUAGCUUGAACGACCUGAUGGCACUGCGUGAAGCUUUGGACGCUGUCAUUUCCGAAUCCAGGUACUUGGAAAAAGGAGGUCCUGAUUACGACUGGGCAAGUGGUUCCUAUUUGAGUCUGGAUGGGGGUGGUUGUCAGGAGACGAGUGGCAGCAAGAGUAGUGGAUCCGUUUCCAGAGCCGCGUAG